CAGACUCCUUGUCUAUAAGCUGCUUACCCAGCAUGCCUCCUGGGCCAGACACAAUGAGGUUCAGCUGAGGGGAAGAGCAAUCCCCCAGAGUGACUCUCAGCCCUCCCCCUCCAUAUCUAGCUACCUCCUAAAAAUAACAGCCCCUGUGUGCAAAUCACCAGACUCUAUUCAUUGUCCUCCUCUCUGCUUGCAGGCGGCGCCGCACAGCAUCCUGGGAUUAUUAGUUCCCACGCCCUUCUGCCGGCCUCACCCUAUUGCAGCAAACAACUACAUUUCCCAGGAUUCCCGGCGGGAGGACGGCUAUUUUUUUUUCUCACCACUCAGGGAGGGUUUUUAUUUUCAACCUAGCUCCCCAUUUAAAUAAACAGCGAGGAAAAUGGCGGAGCGCUCGGUGGGGAGAUAAAGAAGCGACAGACUUACGGAAAGAGAGAGGGAGUCAAGCGGCGGCAGCAGCUAUUCCCAUUGUCUGACCCUUGAACCGGGCGUGGGUCCUUCAGCAUAGCACCUGAUACCGCAAAAGGCUUGAAUUUGAAUGCUACGUUUCACAGACCGAACGAUGUCAACGGAAACGUCCUUGUACCAGCCGACAGUUGUUUAGCUUUCUGCCACAUAGAGUUCAGGCUGCUGAUGUGUCUUCACGAUGAGUGGAUUAGGGGAAAACUCCUUGGAUCCGCUGGCGUCUGAAACAAGAAAGCGCAAGCCGUCUUCCUGUGAUACCCCCGGACCUGGUCUGACCUGCAGUGGUGAGAAGAGGAGACGUGAGCAGGAGAGCAAGUACAUAGAGGAGUUGGCCGAUCUCAUUUCAGCCAAUCUUAGCGACAUAGACAAUUUCAAUGUCAAACCGGACAAAUGCGCGAUCUUAAAGGAGACGGUCAGGCAGAUCCGUCAGAUUAAAGAGCAAGGAAAAGCCUCUUCUAAUGACGACGAUGUGCAGAAAGCCGAUGUUUCCUCUACAGGGCAGGGGGUGAUUGAUAAGGAUUCUCUCGGGCCGCUGUUAUUGCAGGCUCUGGAUGGCUUUCUGUUUGUGGUGAAUCGAGAGGGCAGCAUUGUAUUUGUAUCUGAAAAUGUCACCCAGUACUUACAAUACAAACAAGAGGAUCUGGUUAACACUAGUGUCUACAGCAUUCUGCACGAAGAGGACCGUAAAGAUUUCCUCAAGAACCUGCCCAAAUCUACUGUUAAUGGCGUCCCAUGGUCUAGUGAAACCCCUCGACAGAAGAGCCACACGUUCAACUGCCGCAUGCUGGUCAAAACCUCUCAUGAUCAUCUGGAGGACGGAAGCAACCUGGACGCGCGUCAGAGAUACGAGACCAUGCAGUGCUUUGCUUUAUCUCAGCCCCGGGCGAUGAUCGAGGAGGGAGAAGACCUUCAGUCCUGUAUGAUCUGUGUGGCCAGGCGCAUCACAACUGCAGAGAGGGCCUUCUCAGCCAAUCCUGAAAGCUUCAUCACAAGGCACGAUCUGACCGGCAAGGUGGUGAACAUUGAUGCCAACUCCCUGCGUUCCUCCAUGAGACCGGGCUUUGAAGAUACGAUCCGUAGAUGUAUUCAAAGGUUCCUGUGUCACAGCGAAGGGCAGCCAUGGACCUACAAACGCCAUUACCAAGAAGCCUAUGUCCACGGACUUUCUGAAACGCCUCUGUAUAGGUUCUCUCUAGCAGAUGGCACCAUGGUGACUGCUCAGACAAAAAGUAAGCUCUUCCGGAAUCCUGUCACCAAUGAUCCGCACGGCUUUGUCUCCACGCAUUUCUUGCAAAGGGAACAGAAUGGCUACCGACCCAAUCCGAACCCAAUGGCUCAAGGUAUUCGGCCACAAAUGAACCCUAACCCUCCCAAUACAAUGAAUUCAAUGCCACCGCAGGCCAUGCAGCAGCAGAACAGGAACUAUGGCAUGGGGGACCCCAACAGCAUGGCACAAAUGCAGGGCAUGAGAUACAAGUCCCCAGGCAACAUGGCACCUGUUAAUCAAGCUCCAGGGGUACAGCAGUCUCCGUACCAGAACAAUAGUAAUUAUGGCCUUAACAUGAAUAGCCCACCGCAUGGCAGUCCGGGCAUGAAUGCCAACCAACCCAACCUUAUGGUGUCACCCAGAAACCGGGCCAGUCCCAAGAUGGCAUCCAAUCAGUUUUCUCCUGUUCCAGGCAUGAACUCUCCAAUGGGAUCUUCAGGAAAUGCAGGGGGAGGUAGCUUCUCUAGCAGCUCGCUAAGUGCUCUCCAUGCCAUAAGCGAAGGAGUGGGGAGUUCACUCCUGUCAUCAUUAUCUUCUCCUGGCCAAAAAGUAGAGAACAAUUCCAAUAUGAACAUGCCCCAGCAGGGUAAAAUUUGCAACCAGGAUUGUAAGAGUCCCAGUGGCUUGUACUGUGAACAAGGACAAGUGGAAAGCUCUGUGUGUCAGUCAAGCGGUAGGGAGCAUCUUGGUGAAAAAGACGUUAAAGAGAACAUAUUUGAAGGGUCGGAGAGUCAGAGAUCACAAGCUGAAAGUAAAGGGCAUAAGAAGCUCCUUCAGCUUCUCACAUGUUCUACAGAAGAGAGGGGUCAAAGUCUAAUGUCUAGUUCUUCUAUGGACUGCAAAGACUCAUCCAAUGUAACAAGUCCAUCAGGGGUGUCCUCAUCCACUUCCAUCGGGGUCAGCUCUACGUCCAACUUGCAUGGCUCCAUGCUUCAAGAAAAACACCGCAUUCUCCAUAAGUUGCUGCAAAAUGGCAACUCCCCUGCAGAAGUAGCAAAGAUCACAGCAGAAGCCACCGGAAAGGACGUUUUCCAGGAAACCGUGAGCUCCGCACCUUGCACGGAAGCAACGGUGAAACGAGAGCAGCUGAGCCCAAAGAAGAAGGAGAACAAUGCACUUCUGAGGCAUUUGCUGGACAAAGACGACUGGAAGGACCCACUGGCCAAGGACAUUAAACCCAAAGUGGAACACAUGGACAUUAAAAUGGGCUCGUGUAGUAGUUCCAAUGUCCCGACUUCAAGUCAGGAUAAAGAGGUUAAAAUAAAGACAGAGCCUGGAGAAGAGGUUCCGGGAGAUUUGGAUAAUUUGGAUGCUAUCCUGGGAGAUCUGGCUGGUUCUGACUUCUAUUCCAAUUCAAUGAGUUCCAGAGCAAGCGACCUUGGGCCCAAGCAGCCUGUAUUCCAGGACAGCCCAACAUUGGCCAUGAGGAGUCCUGAUAGCAUGCAGGGGAGCCGGCCGCCAUUUAAUCGGGCAAUGUCCCUAGACAGCAGAAGCUCCACCCCUCCAGUGCGAAACGUUAACAGUUUUCCGAUGCUGCCAAAGCAAGGCAUGAUAGGAAGCCCGAGAAUGAUGGAUGGUCAAGACAAUUUUGGCGUUAUGAUGGGGAGUGGACCUAACAGGAGUAUGAACCAACAUCCAGGUGGGGACUGGGCUAUGCAGAACUCCGCAGUCAAUAGGUUGGAGCCUCCUAACGUGGGGAGCGUUGGCCGGCCAGGGCCAGAUUACAGCUCCGCAAUGACGAGGCCUGCAAUGGGCGGGAAUAUGCCAGGACUUCCUACCAGAUCUAACAGUAUUCCUGGGAGCAGACCGGUGAUGCAGCAGCAGCAGCAUAUUCUUCCAAUGAGGCCCAACGACAUGGCGAUGAGCAUGGGAUCAAAUCCUUAUGGACAACAAGCUCCUUCAAAUCCGCCUGGAUCGUGGCCCGAUGCAAUAAUGAUGAACCAGGGUCGUGGUGGUGCACAGAACAGACAGUUAGGAAGGAAUUCUUUGGACGACCUCCUAUGUCCUCCUUCAACUGUUGAAGGGCAGACAGAUGAAAUUGCGCUCCUCGAUCAGUUGCACACCCUUCUCAGUAACACUGACGCCACAGGACUGGAAGAAAUAGACCGAGCUCUGGGAAUUCCGGACUUGGUCAGUCAGGGUCAAGCUCUGGAGCCACAGCCAGAUUCUUACCAGCCUCAAGGCUCUCCAGUCAUGAUCGAUCAGAAGCCACCCAUGUAUGGCCAGCACUAUGCAGGACAGGGAGCUGCUAUGUCUGCUGGCGGCUUUAAUAACAUGCAGGGGCAGCACCCACCCUUUAAUACGGUGAUGGGUCAGAUGAACCAGCAGCAAGGCAUGCACCCACUGCAAGGUAUGCACCCACGGGCCAACCUCAUUAGACCCCGAAACAACAUACCCAAACAGCUGAGAAUGCAACUGCAGCAGAGGCUUCAGGGGCAGCAGUUCCUGAACCAAAACCGACAAGCCUUAGAGAUGAAGGUGGACCCAAUGAAUCCAGGUGGAGCUGGAGUUAUGAGGCCCGUGAUGCAGACACCCGUCUCACAGCAGGGCUUUCUCAACGCACAGAUGGUGGCACAGAGGAACAGGGAGCUGAUUAGCCACCAAAUCAGACAGCACAGAAUGGCCAUGAUGAUGCAACAGCAGCAAGGGCAACCUCAAGCCUUCAGCCCUCCUCCCAAUGUGACUGCCUCGGCCAGUAUGGAUAACCCACUAGGAGGGCCACCAAUGCCCCAGGCUCCUCCUCAGCAAUUCUCCUACCCUCCUAAUUAUGGUAUCAAUCAGCAGACUGACCCCACUUUUGGAAGGGUGUCUAGCCCACCUAAUGCCAUGAUGUCAUCUCGGAUGGCUCCUUCCCAGAAUCCUCACCCUCAGACCACACAAAUGUAUCCAUCACCAGACAUGAAAGGCUGGCCAUCAGGGAAUAUGGCUAGACCAAAUUCCUUCCCACAGCAGCAGUACAGCCACCAGACUAACCCUGCCACGUAUAACAUGAUGCACAUGAACGGCAACGGGAAUCACAUGGGCCAGAUGAAUAUGAACUCGUUGCCUAUGUCUGGAAUGCCUAUGGGUCCUGAUCAGAAAUAUUGCUGACACCAAACAUUUCUCGGAAUGAAAAACUCACCUUGGGGAACUUAAGAUGCACUAUAAUGGGUAACACAAAGAGAGAAAUAUAUAUUGGCCUUAUGGAGGAGAGAGAGAGGGGCCUCUCACAGUCUCCGCUUUCACAAGCGAAACGCGAUGCUCUUUCCGACUGAUCCACCGUACAAAAGCAAUGGACGCUUCAUUUGGUGCUCGCUAUACGCCAGCGAAAUUCUCGUACGUACGAUUUGGCUCGGCCGUUUAUUUACCUUGUUGAUGGAAAUCCGUUUCAUUGUUCAGUCCAAAGCACCCGGUGAAUUUCUUUUCGGAGAGGUUAAAGGGGGGUUUCUUUGUUUUAAAAAAAAAAAAAAAAAUGUAAGCAGAGAAGCAAAACACAUGUGGAAUUUCUUU